AUGAAUAAAAAGAAAAAUACAAUUUCAGCUCCAUCUUUACCUUAAAAUAAAAUAAAUACAUAAUAAUUAGUUUCACCUCCAUAAUAAUUAAGUCCAACUAAUUCACAUUAAUCAUUUAUACCACCUGAACCAAAAUUUGAUCCAAAUGAUUAUAUUACUGCUACAACUACAAAAAGAGAUAUAAUUUUAUAUAAAGAAAUCUUUGAUUUUUUAGAUUCAAAUAAUAAUGGUGUUAUAUAACCUAUGGAUUUAAGAAAAGCAUUUUUAAUGGUUGGUAAAUAUCAACCUAAAAAAUAAAUCUUAUAUCAAAUGAUUGCAGAUUUUGAUUCUGAUUAAAGUGGUAUAAUUGAAUUUAGAGAAUUUGUUAGAAUGAUGUCUACACAUCCUGGUGAUAAAGAUACAGAUGAAGAUUUUAUAAAUGUUUUCUAUUAGAUUGAUUAAGAUUAUAAAGGUAAUAUUACUUUAAUUUUAAUAAGGUUAUAUAACAAUAGAUGAUUUAAGAGAAUUGUCUUCAGAAUGCAAUGAAAAUCUAAAGGAUGAACUAUUAUUAAGUAUUAUUUAAAGUUGUGAUUCUGAGGGCAAUGGAACCAUAAGAGAAAAACAAUUUGUUAGAUAUAUGAAAUCAUUACAAAAAAGAAGAUGA